UGUAAGCUUGUAAAUUGCAGGUCGGGUGGCGAGUAAUUGGUUUUUUAUUUUCCUUUUUUAUCAUAAGAAACUUUUGGUUCAUGUUUUGGGUUUACACCAGGCCAUUGAUCCAAAAACCCAGAUGCCUUUGAAUAAAGAUUUGAAGCUUGGUCCAGAUGAUGAAAUCCAUGGCUGCAUCGUGGCAGGCAAAGAAGCAAAUGUUUACCGCGCAACUAAAUCUGGCCAGGAAGUGGCUAUCAGCCUAUCAAGGUCUACAGGACAUCUGUUCUGGAUUUCAAGCAGGGGCAGUGAUAGAUAUGUACAAGGAGACCGCCGAUACAAAACGGGAUACUGCAAACACAAUCCCAGGGAAAUGGUGAAGGUAUGGGCUGAGAAAGAAGAGAGGAAUCUGAACCGGUAAGUGAAUAAUUUCAUAUAGGUUGUCAUUCCCA